UGAUGCGCCGGAGGUUUCCUCGGGCAGCCCUGUAGAUGUUGUUCACAGGCGGUUAGGGUGAACCUCGGCCCCUGUGGGCUGAGACAAACGGGCUUGGCCCCGCUAAGAGACGUUACGUUACGUCAGCCGGGACUGGGGUUCAUGGCCGAGGUUAACCGCACUUCCCACGUCCUCGAAUCCAAUUCCCGACGCCGUCGAGCUUCGGUUUACUUCUCAUUCCACAACUUGAACUCUUCCAAGAUUCCCUCCAACAAUGGCGGCUUCAAUAAUGUCGGCACGGCAGGCACUCCGGCUCUCGAGCCGCGUGAGAUACUUUAGCUCGACUGCCGCGAGGCCAGCUGCGGAAGUGAAGCGGUUGGGUGUAAUUGGCGCAGGGCAAAUGGGCCUUGGUAUUGCGCUGGUGGCCGCCCAAAGGGCGCAGGUGCCGGUGACGUUGGUCGACUCUUCCCAAGCUUCCCUUGACAAAGGCUUGGCAUUUGCAGAGAAGCUUCUCGUCAAGGAUGUCUCGAAGCAGCGCAUUACACAGGAGCAAGCUGACGCUGCCCGUGCCCUGCUUAAACCCACCACCUCUAUCGACGACCUCUCAUCCGCCGACUUUGUCAUCGAGGCCGUGCCCGAGAUACCCCAGCUCAAGUUUGACAUCUUUUCCAAGCUCGCCCAAAUCUGCCCCAAGCAUGCCAUCCUCGCCACCAACACCUCGUCCAUUUCCAUCACCCGCAUCGCCGCCGCCACUAGCCCCGGCAACCCCACCGACACCUCCAACAGCUCCCGCGUCGUCUCCACCCACUUCAUGAACCCGGUGCCCGUACAGAAGGGCGUCGAGAUCAUCUCGGGGCUGCAGACCUCGGCCGAGACGCUCGAGACGGCCGUGGCCUUCUGCAAGCGCCUGGGCAAGGUGACGUCCGUGUCGGCCGACUCGCCGGGGUUCCUGGCCAACCGCAUCCUGAUGCCCUACAUCAACGAGUCCGUCAUCUGCCUGGAGACGGGCGUCGGCGACCGGGACUCCAUCGACGCCAUCAUGAAGAACGGCACCAACGUGCCCAUGGGCCCCCUGCAGCUCGCCGAUUUCAUCGGCCUCGACACCUGCCUCGCCAUCAUGAAGGUGCUGCACACCGAGACCGGCGACUCCAAGUACCGCCCUAGUGUCUUGCUGCGUAACAUGGUUGACGCGGGAUGGCUGGGCAAGAAGAGCGGGAAGGGCUUCUACGACUAUUAGACGUGAUGGAAGGUGUUGGUUGUCUGGUUGUCUGGUGUAACAUUAUCGUGAGGGGCAAGCCGGGCAAUUGGAAGGAGGGAAUCGUGCAGCCAGCAGCCGCAGCCAGAGCCGCAGCCGGCUGUGACGAGCAGUUUGCUAGGUAACUCCAUUCAUCUCACGCCUGGUCACGAUCGAUCCAACUAGAGCAGGGUGUUUUAGACUGUGAUGAUAUAAUUGUUUCCGGCGUGACGUGGACAAAAAGUCACCCGAAAUAGGUGGUGACAUCGUUGUCUCGUCAUAUCCGUCACUACGGUUGACGAAGAAAGAAACCAUUUGGCCCAUGCCUGGGAUCGACAGGGCAUCG